GUUAGUGGAUGACCGGUGUGUGGUUCAGCCAGAGGCAGGUGACCUUGCUAAUCCUCCAAAGAAGUUCAGAGACUGCCUUUUCAAGGUGUGUCCUAUGAACCGAUAUUCAGCCCAGAAGCAGUACUGGAAAGCCAAGCAAGCCAAACAAGGAAACCAUACAGAAGCAGCGCUGCUGAAGAAACUUCAACAUGCAGCAGAACUGGAACAAAAGCAGAACGAAAGCGAGAACAGGAAGCUGUUGGGCGAAAUUGUAAAAUACAGCAAUGUCAUACAGCUGCUGCACAUAAAAAGUAACAAGUACCUCACAGUCAAUAAGAGAUUGCCAGCUCUGCUGGAGAAGAAUGCAAUGCGGGUAUCUCUGGAUGCUGCAGGGAACGAGGGAUCCUGGUUUUAUAUCCAGCCGUUCUGGAAACUAAGGAGUGAAGGUGACAAUGUUGUCGUGGGAGAUAAAGUUGUUCUCAUGCCAGUCAAUGCAGGGCAGCCUCUACAUGCCAGCAACAUUGAGCUUCUAGAUAAUCCUGGCUGCAAAGAGGUAAAUGCUGUCAACUGUAACACAAGCUGGAAAAUAACUUUGUUCAUGAAAUUCAGUAGUUACCGAGAUGAUGUACUGAAAGGAGGAGAUGUUGUUAGGCUGUUUCAUGCAGAGCAAGAGAAGUUUCUGACCUGUGACGAAUAUGAGAAGAAACAACAUAUUUUCCUUCGUACUACAUUACGUCAGUCAGCCACUUCUGCAACAAGUUCUAAGGCACUGUGGGAAAUAGAGGUUGUUCAUCAUGACCCUUGCCGGGGAGGGGCAGGACAGUGGAAUAGCUUGUUUAGAUUUAAGCAUUUGGCAACUGGAAACUACUUAGCUGCAGAGGUAAAUCCAGAUUUCAAGACAAAUUGAGGUCCAAGAUCCUCCCUAGACGGCGACCUUCCUGCUUCAAAGAAGAAACGCCAAGCAGGGGAGAAGAUUAUGUAUACUUUGGUCUCUGUGCCACAUGGAAAUGACAUCGCAUCUCUCUUUGAACUGGAUGCCACCACUCUUCAGAGAGCUGAUUGCCUGGUUCCAAGGAACUCAUAUGUCCGACUGAGACAUUUAUGCACUAACACUUGGGUCACUAGUACCAGCAUUCCAAUAGAUACCGAUGAAGAGAGGCCUGUGAUGUUAAAGAUUGGAACAUGCCAAACAAAAGAGGACAAGGAAGCUUUUGCCAUUGUAUCAGUUCCUCUGUCUGAGGUCAGAGACCUGGACUUUGCCAAUGAUGCAAACAAGGUUCUGGCAUCAACUGUUAAAAAGCUGGAGGAUGGAACAAUAACUCAGAAUGAAAGGAGGUUUGUAACCAAGUUACUGGAAGAUCUUAUUUUCUUUGUUGCUGAUGCGCCUAAUAAUGGGCAGGAAGUUUUGGAUGUGGUCAUUACCAAGCCAAACCGGGAACGACAAAAAUUGAUGAGGGAACAAAAUAUAUUGGCUCAGAUAUUUGGCAUCCUCAAAGCUCCUUUUAAGGACAAAGGUGAAGGAUCGAUGCUGAGACUUGAAGACCUUGGUGACCAGAGAUAUGCCCCAUACAAAUACAUGUUAAGAUUGUGUUACAGAGUUCUCAGACAUUCCCAGCAGGACUAUAGGAAAAACCAGGAGUAUAUUGCUAAGAACUUCUGCGUCAUGCAGUCCCAGAUUGGUUAUGAUAUUCUGGCAGAAGACACCAUCACAGCUUUGUUGCACAACAACAGAAAACUGCUAGAGAAACACAUCACGGCUAAAGAAAUAGAGACAUUUGUUAAUUUACUCAGGAGAAAUCGAGAGCCAAGAUUCUUGGAUUAUCUAUCGGACCUGUGUGUAUCUAACACUACAGCAAUACCAGUAACUCAGGAACUCAUCUGCAAAUUUAUGCUGAGCCCAGGGAAUGCUGACAUUCUCAUUCAGACCAAGCUGGUUUCGACACAAAUGGACAAUCCCUUGGAAUGCCCAGUCAUCUCAGAUGACAUUGAUGAAGAGGAAGUGUGGCUGUACUGGAUUGACAGUAACAAGGAGCCUCAUGGCAAAGCCAUCAGGCAUCUGGCUCAGGAGGCGAAGGAGGGUACAAAAGCUGAUUUAGAAGUUCUUACCUACUACAGGUACCAACUGAACCUCUUUGCAAGAAUGUGCCUGGACCGCCAGUAUCUUGCCAUCAACCAGAUUUCUGCACAGCUGUCGGUGGACUUAAUCCUACGAUGUAUGUCUGACGAAAGCCUCCCAUAUGACCUCCGGGCUUCUUUUUGUCGGCUGAUGUUACACAUGCAUGUGGACAGAGAUCCUCAGGAAUCUGUGGUACCUGUCAGAUAUGCCAGAUUGUGGACUGAAAUUCCUACUAAGAUCACAAUUCAUGAGUAUGAUUCUUUCACAGACUCUUCAAGAAAUGAAAUGAAGAGGAAGUUUGCACUAACAAUGGAAUUUGUAGAAGAGUACUUGAAAGAAGUUGUAAAUCAACCCUUUCCUUUUGGAGACAAAGAGAAAAAUAAACUUACAUUUGAGGUGGUACAUCUGGCUCGAAACCUCAUAUACUUUGGCUUUUACAGUUUCAGUGAGCUUCUUAGACUGACACGGACACUGCUGGCAAUUUUAGAUAUUGUUCAAGUCCCUAUAUCAUCAUACUUCGAAAGGUUGAGCAAGUUUCAGGAUGGAG